GCGCUAUCGCAGGGUUGAAUCCACAGAGGUGGCCUUUGUUUUUGCGCUCUACAGCAACUUCAAAUCGAGCUGGAUGGGCCCAGUCUCCGGCUACGUAUGACGUCACUGAUUGUACAUAUGGGCGUAGACAAACAAUGGGCUUGGACCGACGUCGACCAUGGCUCACCACCACAACGCCAGCUGCGGCCAUGAAAGCAACGACCAUGACCACGAUGAACACAUCCACGAUACGUCCGACGCUGGUCCCAAUGACAACCUCUUCAUGCAUAUCGAUCGCGCCAAUGUCUUUGCGCUGAAUGCUAAUGGUAACGGUCCAGAGGUUAUCAAACCUUGGCAUGAACGAACCAGCGAGGAAAAGUCUUUGGAAUCCGAUUCCGAUGACCAGCUCAUUCUGCGGAUCCCAUUUACUGGCUCUGUCAAGCUUCGCUCUCUGCUGCUGAAAACUGGACCGGCCGAUCAGACGCCAGCGAAAGUGGCUAUCUUUGCGAACGAGGAUGCUCUGGACUUUGAAGAUGUCAAUGAUAAGAUGCCGAUACAGGAAUUCAACGUUGUUCAAAGCAGAGAGGUCGGAGAAUACGCUGUCAAAGCGGCUAAAUUUUCCAAUGUUUCCUCUAUCACUCUCUUCUUUCCGGCGUCUCAGGGUGCAGACACCACUAGAAUUUACUAUGUUGGAUUUCUCGGCCAUUGGACUGAGCGCAAAUACAAUCCUGUAAUAACAGUAUAUGAAGCACAAGCUAACCUGGCCGACCAUGAAAAGAUUCAGGGAACAAAUGACAUUUUCAGCACUUCGCAGACGUAGAGUAGGGGAAGUUUGGAAGCCGGAAGCCAAAUAUGUAUUCAUCAAGUGUACUUUUUACUUCUUGUUGGUAGGG